GGCCCCUGGACCAACGGUUCUGGGACUUUGCAUCCUUAUGGGGACAAAACACACGACCGCACAGCCGGAAGCAGCACAGAGCUGCGAGUUGGGCAGUCUGCACGCUGACCCCUGAAGCAGCAGCAGCACGAGAAAGGUGGAGGACAGACAGGAAAGUGCAGGACAGACGGGAAGGUGGAGGACAGACGGGACGGACAACGUGUGUUUAGUUGAGUUUUGUCUCUUUUCAGACUCCAGUGACUUACUUGGGAACCAAUAGAAAAGAGAUGAUCCAGCUGGGCCUGGUGGACGGCAGCCUGAUCGACGAGCUCAUGGAGCUGACGGCUCAGAGCAUCGGGCGGCUGGAGAUCCACGAGCACUUCAACGUGGUCAAGGAGAUCGGCCGAGGGAAGUACGGCAAAGUGCUGCUGGUCACGCAUCGCUUCAGGGGGACUCCCAUGGCCUUGAAGGUGAUGCCCAAGGCCUCCACGAAGCUGCAGGGCUUUCUGCGCGAGUACUGCAUCUCCUUGCACCUGUCCUGCCACCCCUGCAUCGUGGGCCUCUUCGGCAUCGCCUUCCAGUCCGACGAGCACUACUGCUUCGCCCAGGAGCUCGUCAUCGGCAGGGACCUGUUCGCCAUCAUCCAGCCCAAGGUGGGCAUCCCAGAAUCUUCCGUAAAGCGCUGCGUCCUCCAGAUCGCCAGCGCCCUGGAGUUCAUCCACAGCCACGGCCUGGUCCAUCGCGACGUCAAGCCCGAGAACAUCCUCCUGCUGGACAAUCGCUGCUGCCAGGUCAAGCUGGCGGACUUCGGGCUGGCUCAGAAGAGAGGCACCAUGAUCCGCUUCAUCACAGGGACGCUGCCCUACAUGUCCCCGGAGCUCUGCACCGUGGCCCUGACGGAGGGCCAGAAGGAAGUGAGCGCUCCUCCGAUCAGCGUGGAGCCCAGCCUGGACACCUGGGCCUUCGGGGUGGUCAUCUUCUGCAUCCUCACGGGCUACUUCCCCUGGGAGUGCUGCCUGGACUCUGACGAAUUCUACCAGGAGUUCGCGGACUGGUGCCGAACGGAGGAGACGCCGCACGACGAGGAGGAGGAGGUUCCCCCCCUGUGGAAGAGGUUCACUCCGGAGGCCAUGGAGAUGUUCGGGAAGCUCCUGGCCCCGGAUGUAGAGAAGAGGUCCACGGUGGGGGAGGUGAGAGCGUACGUGGAGAAGGACUGGCUCAGGGAGGGGAACGGGAUCCAGCCGUCAGGGGAAAGAGUCGGCGCCUCCGGGGAGAAGCCCGGGUCUGGAGAAGCGGAGGCGGCGCCGGAUGCUCAGUGACGGGUUGCAUUUAGCUUCCAUACGCCGAAGCAGCCGGGCCCUGUACCAAAACAUGGUGUUUACAUCAUGGAGACACUUGGUUCUGGAUCUUGUGACACAUUUAAAAAGACAAGAGUAGUCAGAGAGCAACAGGAAGUUCACAGAAGCUGAACUUCCUGUUGGGUAAAUAUUCAGAUCCAUCAUUUAAGCUAAAGACCUGCAUUCAAAAUUGUACUUCAUGUCGUACACACAGAAAAAUAAUGGAUCUUAAAUGGCUCUAAGGCUUUCCGGUUCUACAAAGGACCAUCACUUACUGGAGAACCAUUUUUUUCGUUUGAGGCACCUUUAUAGGUUCUUUGAAGAAUUCUUUAAGCAACCAGAAAUGGUUCUUCUAUGGCAUCACUCUGAAGAACCAUUUUCGGUUCCAGAUGGCACCUUCAUGUUUCUGUGUGAAUGAGCA